GGGGUCCUUGUGUAGAACAUGACGUCACCCACCCUUCCUUGCUCCUCGGUGAAAACGUGGGUGAUUUUACUUCACUGUGUGGUGGAUUUUGACAUCGAAAUAACUUCAAGAUCAGAAAGUUCCUCUGGCCUGUCAAGUUGACGAGAAUGGAGUACGUGCAAGCUCCUGCCACAAUCAGCCAGGCGAAUAUCCUGUGCUGUACCUGCGGAGUCCCCAUUCCUCCCAACCCAGCCAACAUGUGUGUGGCCUGCCUGCGUACUCAGGUAGAUAUCUCAGAGGGGAUCCCCAAGCAAGUCACAGUGAGCUUCUGCAAGCAGUGUGAAAGGUACUUGCAGCCUCCAGCCACAUGGAUGCAAUGUGCCCUGGAGUCCAGGGAACUGCUGGCCCUUUGCCUGAAAAAAAUAAAGAGCUCUAUGACCAAAGUGCGUCUCAUUGAUGCUGGCUUCUUGUGGACAGAGCCACACUCCAAAAGGAUUAAGAUGAAAGUGACCAUCCAGAAAGAGGUGAUGAAUGGCGCUAUCCUACAGCAGGUGUUUGUGGUAGAGUUUGUCAUCCAGUACCAAAUGUGUGACGACUGCCACCGCGUGGAAGCCAAGGACUUCUGGAAGGCUGUGGUCCAAGUUAGGCAGAAGACUGUUCAUAAAAAGACAUUCUACUAUCUAGAGCAGCUGAUCCUCAAGCACAAACUCCACCAGAAUUCCCUCAAUAUCAAAGAAGUCAAUGAUGGGAUUGAUUUCUACUAUGGCUCCAAACAACACGCUCAGAAAAUGGUUGACUUCCUCCAGUGCACCGUGCCCUGCAGGUCAAAGACAUCCCAGCGCCUCAUCUCUCACGACAUCCAUUCAAACACGUACAACUAUAAGAGCACCUACUCCAUGGAGAUUGUACCUGUCUGCAAGGACAACGUAGUGUGCCUUUCACCGCGGCUGGCGCAGAGCCUUGGGAACAUGGGUCAAGUCUGUGUAUGCGCCCGUGUUACCAGCACCAUCCACCUCAUCGAUCCCAACACCCUGCAGAUUGCUGAGGUGGAUGGGAAUACAUACUGGCGUAACCCCUUCAACAGUCUCUGUAACCGACGGCAAUUGGAGGAGUUCAUUGUUAUGGACACCGACAUCAUCAGAAACCAGAAGCUGGGUGCUGGAGCAGGUGUGAGGUCCAAUAAGCACAUCCUGGCUGAGGUGUGGGUCCAGAAAACAUCCGAGAUGGACACCAGUCAGCAGUAUCACUGCCGUACAUUCCUGGGUCACCUGCUCAACAUCGGAGACCUGGUGCUGGGAUUUGACUUUGCCAAUUCCAACGUCAAUGAUGAUAACCUGGAGAAGAUGAACCCUCACCACGUUCCUGAUGUGGUCCUGAUCAAGAAGAGCUACAACCGCAGCAGGAGGGUGAGGCGCAGGAACUGGAAACUGCAGGAGAUGGUGAAAGACCGUGAAGACAUGGGCACAGAUGAUGAGAGACAAUACCAGGACUUCCUGGAGGACCUGGAGGAGGAUGAGGCUCUGAGGAAGAAUGUUAACAUCUACAGAGAUGCGUCAAAGAUCCCAGUGGAGAGCGACACUGAGGAUGACGGAGCACCAUCUGUGUCCCUGGUGGAGAUGCUGGAGGAGCUCAGCCUAGCAGAUGCAACAGGAGAAGAGGGUGCCGACAUGAUGGAGUAGCAGGUUGCCAUCCUUCCUGCGUGAUCUGGCAAAUACAGGUCCGCUAAUGAUCCAGUGAUGCAUUUAAAAGACAUUAGCUGGAUCCCUUAGCCAUACUCCAUAUGAAUUAUAUGCACCAUCUUAUUGACAUAGAAAUUAUACAAUAUGUGUGACGUCAGAUACCCUGCAAUUUUGGAAAGCUCCUUCUAAAUAAACUUUGACAAAACAAA